GCACUGGCUAAUCCACUCGCACCCCGCUCAGUAUCUAGUUAAUAAUUUUAGUGUUUUACGUCAGUACUCAUGCCUUUAGGAAUGGCCUCAGACGGCUCCACCGAAACGAAGUGUCCACGCUCUGACUUGAACCUGCAAUCUUUGAUUUUAGCGGGCAAACACGUUACUCACUGCGUUAUCACAAGGACAGUAUAUAAUUUACAAAAACAUCGAACGAUUGUGGUGCCGCACCAACUAGCGAGUCUUUUACAGACGCGGACAUUGUGUAAAAAACUAUUUACGAAUGAUACCUUAAGAGUGUUAGUUUUCUUAUUAAGGAAAGUCAACUGCCGUUGGAUACUUGCAUAUGUAUUGCUCCAUUUCUUCGGCUGACUGAGAGUUCUCCUUGGCAAUCGUGCAUUCUGUCCAAAGCUUUUCCUUUGGUCGUUUUGUAAACGGAGCCUUUAUCCACUCGCGAAUCCGAAACAGCGGUCGCCAACCCGCUAUGGGAAAUAUUUACUUAAGAGGGUGAUUGCUGCGAUUGAAGCCGCGCGACUAGCGGGUAUCGAGUAUUGCCGUAUUCAAAAUGGCGGCGUCCAGUGAGGAGCUCUCGGAGUCACAGAACGAAAAACUAGCUCAAUUUCAGGAAAUCACUGGUUUUGAAGACCUUUCACGGUGUAGAGAUAUUCUCUGUGCCCAUUCGUGGGAUCUCGAAGCUGCUGUUUCUACCGCACUUCACUUACCCUCAUCACCAACCAGGGAUCGUCUGGGAACACAGGACGUACCUACAGUCGAUCAAAAUUUUCAGGGUGCGGAUUACACACUUUCGCAUUGGCGUCCACGAGGAUGGAUUGGUUUCGGGUGGUACAUGCUGCAAUGGCCGUUGUCGUUCUUUUUCCGGACUAUUUACAAUAUCAUGAGAUUUGCAGUAUCGCUUAUAAGAAAUGACUCUCGUUUAGCACUUACAAACUCUGAGGGUAACGUCCGUCAAUUUAUUAAAGAAUUUACUGACAAAUACGGACCUCUCGUACCAACAUUUCUCGAAACCAGCUAUAACCAGGCUCUAUCUAGGGCGAAAGCUGAAUUGUGCUUCCUGCUUGUCUAUUUGCAUAACCCCUCGCACGAGGACACUGACCACUUCUGCCGGAGAGUACUCUGUACCCCUGAGGUGGUCAACUGGUUAGGACAGCACAUGCUUGUUUGGGGUUGUUCCGUACAAUUGCCCGAAGGACAUAAAGUAUCUAGAACAUUGAAGGAACGCACAUAUCCAUUUGUAUGCGUGGUGGUUCUACGAGAGUCACGUAUGACUCUAGUAGCUCGAAUUCAGGGUCAAGUCGAGAGUCCUGAGCAACUUCUAAGUAUACUGACGACAGUGAGAGCUGACAAUGAGGCUUCGCUUCGGGCGGCGCAGAUUGAAAGGAAUGAAAGAACCGUAAAUCAGACCUUAAGGCAACAACAGGACGAGGCUUACCUUCAGUCUCUCAGGGCAGAUCAAGAGAAAGCGCGUAAAAAACGCGAAGAGGAACAGCGUAAACGAGACGCAGAAGAAGCGGCAGCUCGCCAAGCCGCUGAGGAAGCUCGUGCCGCCGAAUUACGAGAGCGUGAGAAAGUCGAACUGGCCCGGCAGGUUCCCGCUGAACCCGCCAAAGAGGACGAGGGUGCUAUUCAGCUAGCACUUCGAUUGCCUUCUGGAAAAAGAAUCGAUCGACGAUUCCUUCAGACGCAUUCCAUGAAGUAUCUCUACUAUUAUGUCCUUUGUCAUUCGGAGGCACCAGACAAUUUCGAGAUUCACACUAGCUAUCCACGACGGAAGAUACCGUGUCAGCCUGCACCUGGAAGUGAGGAAGAUCCGCCAUCUUUUAUAGAAUUUGGUUUAGCUAGGAACGAAAGCCUCAUGGUCUCAGACCUCGAUGCUUAGUUGAGGUCAGUAACGGAAAGCUGCGUUGUGCGUUUUUGAACUACAACAUAGUAAAUUAUCCUCUCGUCAAAAUUAUCAAGCAGCAGUAUGCACAAUAUAGAUAUGGUUGGGCAGAGCGAAAUGCAGACGAACACAGGCCUGAGGACUGCAGCCGUAUUUGGGUAGAUGCAAGUUGUGUGUAAGCACACAGUAAAAGAAAUAUUUACGACGAAGUAUUGCAUUGGAGGAAAGGCCAAAUACUGUUAGUGGAUAUACGAUACAUCGAAAGUUGUCAUUUCUUUAGUCAUUUAGGUUUAUAGAAUUUCCUACAUAAUAGAAGAAGAAACAAAGGGUACAUGACACGCAAAAAUAAACAAGAAAACAAAACAGUUUAUUCUUAGGCCGGUUGGCGGUGUGCAUUUGAAACUCGCUUAGCUUGCUCCUAGUAGUUCACUGCGAUUCCUCGUAACUGAGGUUUAUGGUUUUUCGUUGAUUUAACAACUGCAAAAGGUAAAAACGACGUGGACUCAUGUACCGGACUUAAAGCACUCUCCAGGGAAAUAGAAUUACAGUACGUAGUAAAAUGCUUUGCUUAGUCAAUGCGAAGUUGACAUACGCAACGUGGAAUUGUUAUAUAUAUAUAUGUAUAUAUGUAUAUGUAUAUAUAUAUGUAUAUAUAUAUGUAUAUAUAUAUGUAUAUAUAUAUAUUCACCCUGUUUAUAGGUAUAAUAGAUACGUCUUCGAGAACAGAACGAAAAGUCCUGGAGAAUCAGGAUGGGCAAUGCGCGAGGACUUAUGUAAUAUAUAAUGAAGCGUGGAUAAAUACUGAGAUAAGUGUGUGCAUGUGCGAGUGGGUUGGAGGGAACAAGUCGUUGUCUAAUGUAUAGCCCGAUUCCAAUUAGAAUUUUACGAUGGAGUAUGGAAAAUAAACUAAGGAGCAAUUUGUUUACAA